CAGCUACCAUCCAAACGCGCAUCUCACUCCGCGCCCGCAACCCCACCAGACAGCCAAUUACCCGCCUGUCGACUCGGGAAGUGCAAUGUCUUCCCUCGUGGGCUCCUUACGGGCUCCCCAAUGCAUGUCCUGCAUGCGCCGCGUUACGACGAGCGUCGGCGAUGCGUGGCUCGCGUCGACGAAGCAGCAGGUCAGGGGGAAGAAGCGGUUGGCGAAGGUGUCGACUGUCAAUGUCCGCCUGCUGAAGGAUGUUACCCGCUAUGGAAAGGAGGGAUCCGUCAUUCCCCUACCGCCGGGACGUAUGCGGAACCAGUUUUUCCCGAGGAAGAUGGCAGAGUAUAUGACGCAAGCUCAGAUUAAGGAAGCUGGAUUAGAGAACGUGAUAUUGGAGAGGGAUUUCACCUUUGGCAUCGUAGACGCCGAGAGUCUGAAGGCCGCUGAGCCAGAGGUCAAGGCUGCGCCAGCAAAAAAGGUGGUAGCAGUUGAUCUCGACCUCUUGAGUGGCGAGCAAGCCGCAGCUACGAUCGCGAAGCUCAUCCCGAAGAACAUCGACUUCUACCGCUCCGCCAUCGUGCCCGCUGCCCCAGCCCCGAAACGCUCCCCAUCGCUACCAGCAAGCUCAGUGCUAUCCGAAGAGGCCAUAGGAGUCAAACCAGAGCCAGCGCCGCUGGAUCCAAACGCGAGUAUCUUCGGAUCCGUCUCGACAUCCGACAUUGCGUCCAGCAUCCGCGCCAUCCUGGCUGAAGAUAAGGAGGGCUCCCGCCUUGUGUUGGGCCCGGAGGAUAUCACGUUCGCGGUUGAGACGGAGGAGAAGGGUCGCGUCAAGAACUUGGGGACGUAUGAGGUGCAUAUCAAGAUCAAGGGCGGGGAACAGGCGGUGCGCAGGACGGUCACGGUUAAGCCGCAGGAGUAGAUUUGGGAGAGGGGUUGAGAUGUUUUUAUACUUGUAUAGAUAUGAGAGCACGGUGUACAGAUACGGAUACAGAUACGUGGCAUAGCGCGGGGCCUGGGAAUGCAGUAUGACUACAGACAGCGAUUGGGGGCGUUGGGCGGGACCCCUUUCUUGUGUGACAGGCGUGGCGAUGUCCCCAAGCAUGCUUUUGGAUUAUGUUGUAACUCUAUCUUCGCAGGUGUUAUUUGUGCAACCGUUGUAAGUAGGUUUAGCGUUCCAAUAGAUUCGUGGC